CUGGCACGGCGCCGGGACGGAGAGAGCAGGCUCCAGCCACCCCGGCCCGGAGGCAUCCCCGGAAUUCGGCUGCUCAGCACCCGCCCCCUCGGGAGUUCCCCACGGGAGCCACUGGGAGGAAACUGGGCGCUGGCCCGGGGGAUGGCCGGGCCUCGCUCGUGUUAGCGAGCAGGAAUGGCGAACUCCGGCCCCCGCCAGGUUUCCAGACGUGAGGCCGAGCACACCUGCGGGGCUGUCGCGGCCGCAUCCGGGGCGACGCGCCUGAGUCACCCCACCCCCGCCCGAGGCCGCCCGCCCGGCGCGUCCGCCCCGUCCCUCCGGCCACUCUGGGCCCCCGCCUCCACCCCAGCGGCGCGAGCCGGGCGGGGGCGGGGGGCGGGGCGGGGGCGGGGCCGUCUCUUAAAGGGCCCUGGCCGCUGCCCUUAGGCCACUUCCUGGGGGCGGAGAGGACCUCGGCGGCCGCGGCGACAACCGGGAAAGGCAGCGGCGUCCGGGUCCUGAGGCUCGCGCCAGCCUCCAUCAGCGCCCUCGGACACUCCCAGCUCAGACGGAGGAUUGUCGCUUCCCAGCCGGUAUAGGGCGGCUCGGCCAUCCGCUCCCAUCAGCGCCUCCGCCUCCAUCCCCUGGGACCCGUGCCCUGAGCCAAGCCAGGCCUUCGACCGACCGGCCCCGGGGCCCUGCGUCGACUCGUCUACGGCGACAUUGAUCUGCCCAGGAACUCGGAAGCUGAACCCUCCGAAGAGUUGGCCCUGAGCUCGCCACUGUCACCUGCUGAGUGGGAUUCCUGAAACCCAUUGUCGGCAUAUCUCCCAAAACCGGAUAAGCCUGCACUGAGAACUCCUUCCCCUCUCUGACUGCUCUCUGCUGUUAGCUGCUCUCCCAGCCUUUCAGGAAUCUCUGUGCCUGAAGCCAGCCCUCCCUCAGGCCCCCACCCCAUCUCACACAAGGUAGCCGGGGUGAACUCCUUGCCUUGCCUCCCGGGCCUCCAACCUAGCCUGAACCUCACCACCCAAUUCUGCACACACCCAGGGAAUUCGAUCUUUCCUUCUCCUUCGGUGCCUCCUGUACCCCCAAAAUUUCCCCUCCUCCUGUGCCCUCCCCGCCCCCCUCCUUUGGGGGCCCUGUGACCCUGAAUGUGGGGGGAACGCUAUACUCCACCACCCUGGAGACCCUGACCCGCUUCCCAGACUCCAUGCUGGGGGCCAUGUUUAGGGCGGACACGCCCAUGCCCGCCAGCCUCAGCCCCCAAGGAGGGGGCCACUACUUCAUCGACAGGGACGGCAAGGCCUUCCGACACAUCCUCAACUUCCUGCGCCUGGGCCGCCUGGACCUGCCCCGUGGCUACGGAGAGACAGCUCUUCUCAGGGCAGAAGCCGACUUCUACCAGAUCCGGCCCCUCUUGGAUGCCCUGCGGGAGCUGGAGGCCUCUCGGGGGACCGCUGCGCCCACAGCCGCCCUGCUCCACGCAGACGUGGACGUCAGCCCGCGCCUGGUGCACUUCUCGGCCCGCAGGGGCCCGCACCACUACGAGCUGAGCUCCGUCCAGGUGGACACCUUCCGAGCCAACCUCUUCUGCACUGACCCCGAGUGUCUGGGGGCCUUGCGGGCCCGAUUUGGCGUGGCUGCUGGGGACAGGGCAGAGGGGGGCCCUCAUUUCCGUCUGGAGUGGGCCCCCCGCCCUGCGGAGCUCCCCGAAGCGGAGUAUGGGAGACUGGGGCUACAGCCGCUGUGGACUGGGGGGCCGGGAGAGCGGCGGGAGGUGGUGGGCACGCCGAGCUUCCUGGAGGAGGUGCUGCGGGUGGCCCUGGAGCACAGCUUCCGCCUCGACUCCGUCUUCCCUGACCCCGAGGACCUGCUGAACUCGCGGUCCCUGCGCUUUGUCCGGCACUGAAGAUGCUGCCAUCAGCUUGAUCGUGGGAAGGGAGGGAACGGGGCGGCCAAGGAGGUAACGGGGCUCCUGCACCUCGGGAGCUGGGAGAGUCGGGGUCCCGCUGCACCUGAUGUGGGCGGGAAUCGCGCCCACGGAGCAUUCGCAGGGAGCACCGAGGCUAUGGGCCAAUGCUGAUCUUGGGAGCACUCUCUUGGCUUCUUCUCGCCUGAGGCCUGGGGACUCCCAGCGUCUCCUGGGUGGAGCUCAGUACUCCUGGAUCUGCCAAGGCGAGGCCUAGGGCUCCCUGCAGGAAGCUUAGGGCUGAGGCAUAAGGUGGCACUUGGGAUGGCCCUAACGUGGUCCCCUGGACCGUGGCUUCUCCUCCUGGGGCCAGGUAGGCCUGAUCUGACCAAUGAGAGGCCAGAACAUUCUGGAAUGUGGGAAGGGAGGUUCUUUGCUGUAUCCCAGUCUGCCUACUGAGGGCGGCAGGAAGGGCAUGCCCCACCCUCACUGGCGGAAGGGAGCUAGGAGAAGCCCCAUUAGCGCUGGGGCUGGAGCCCCCUCUGGAAUUCUGUUUCCAAGGAUCCCACAUUGAUGGUGGGGCCGGCCGGGGGAAGAGGGCGGUGUCCUAGCCUGCCUCCGUGUGUGUUCGUGUCAGCCAGUGCGUGUCUGGCGUGUGGGUACCUGGCAGCUGAUUCUGGUCUGUGUGAUGGCCCGACCCACCUGUGGUCUCUGCAGGUCCAGGCCUGCCAGGGUUGCCCAGCCACUGCAGGGGCACAGGUGUGUCUGUGAGUAGACGGCGACUCCGUGGUUUAAUCAUAGGGUGUGUGUUUGUGUGUGUGUGUUUAUGUGCCCACAUCCCCACGUAGGCAGGAGGGGCCUGCUGGGGUUUGAGUCACUGGGAUCUUCCUGGUGAGAGCUAGGAGAAGUCUCUGGGCUCGCUGGGCCUCUGAGGCCUGUGUGGAACUCCUGGUUGCUGAGGCAACCAUGAGCCUGUUGCUAGGAGAUAGCUGGGGAAGGCCCAAGGCUGCCCAGGGCAGGGAGGGAGAGUGGGGGAGGAUAUGGGGCUUGGGGGUCCUUGUGGACGGAUGGGAUACACAUGCACAGCUUUGCUGGAGAAGUCACUCGUGAUUUAUCACCGGCCUUGAUUUCAAAGAACAAUAAAUAAAAUUGCUUUGUGAAGACUGCUGAAGCCAG